AUGCGGCUCAUCAACGUUCAGACAGGCUGCUUGGAGGAAUUCUUCCACGAGCUCCCUCCUUACGCAGUUCUCUCCCACACUUGGGGCCCUGACAAAGACGAGAUCACUUUUCGCGACAUCGAGGAUGGCUACGAAAGAAAGUCAGGGAUGGGGCAGUCCAAGUUUGACGGGUGCUGUAGGCAGUCCAGCCAGGACGGGCUGAAGUACGCUUGGAUUGAUACUUGCUGCAUCGAUAAGGCUAACUCCACGGAGUUGAGUGAGGCGAUCAACUCAAUGUUCGAAUGGUACCGAAAUGCGACUGUGUGCUACGCGUUCCUUGCCCACGUAUCCUAUCAGGACGACAUCUCCAGCUCAGCAUCCGAGUUCCGCAAUAGUCGUUGGUUCGAGCGAGGCUGGACGCUUCAAGAGCUUCUGGCACCUAGAGACCUCCGAUUCUACAGCAAUGAUUGGAAAUACCUGGGAACUAAGCAGCAGCUUUCAUCCGUAAUCGAAAAGAUUACUGGGAUCCCUCGACCCUUUCUGUUCGGUAUAGCUGAGCUAUCUCAAGCGAGUGUCGCUCAGCGGAUGUCAUGGGCUGCAAACAGAGUCACGAAGAGAAGAGAGGACAUCGCUUACUGCCUUCUUGGAAUUUUUGGGGUCUCAAUGCCGAUGAUAUACGGGGAAGGUGAUCAGGCUUUCGGAAGACUUCAAGAGGAAAUCAUGAGGCGCAACACUAACGACUCAAUCCUGGCAUGGAAUCUCAGCAAUACAGAACUUGACUGGGGUUCUCAAGGCCCUACCAAAGCUGUCUCCGGAGGUAUUCUGGCCACCAGUCCAUCGGCUUUCGCCAACAGCGGGGACAUUGUCUGUCGAGAACACCGCAGCUCUUCCAUCGACCCGUUGUAUGUUUUCGGUGGUCAUCUGCGGAUGCAUCUUCGCAUAUAUAAUACCGAGACCAAGGAAGCCUUUGGUCUGCUCGACUGCCAUCCCAAGGACGAUUCUCGUACAGCUGUCGGCAUUCCCCUUCGCCAAGUGAUGCUCGAUGAUGCCUCUGACGAAGUCAUCGGACAAACCGGAGUCGAGAUGAUCGAGGUAGCACCUCGGGACAGGUGGGAGAGGGACAAUGCUACCAUCACGACAACGGUGGAUUUCGAGCUCGAUGUCACACAGAGAACUUGGUUGCGUUUCCGAAGCAAGAAGAAGGUGUGCCAUGACUUCAUAGUUCUACUGGAACUCGAGGUUCUCCAGUCUCGGGUUCAAGCUCGCUGCCAUGUCAUGACGGCGGCCAGAGGCACCGGCCUGGAUGCCAUCAACUCCAAAAUAUUCGACACUAAUCAGCAUACUUUUGGAAAACGAAGUGCGAGCAAUGGAAUGUCUCAUUUGGAAUUUGCUAUGGAUCAGGAACGUGUCGGCGCGACCCCCAUGUUUGUUGUCCGGCUGAAGUCAUUGUUCGCCCCGCCACCUAUCACCGUCGACGCAAUCCUUGAGCUUGGACAGUUGGAACGACAACAAUAUCUCAGAGACUUACUUGAAGAAGAUCGCCUGAUUGGUCCUCAAAGAGCAACACUGAAGGCGCAAAUUCAAUCGAAAUCUGCUAGCGCAGGGGCAACCGGGCAAAAGCUCGCAAUUAUCCAGGAGCAACUCGAUAAAUUAGAACGGGAAAAGAUGAUACUGAGGGGAUUUCUGUUGGACACAAGUCGGGAGGUUGAGCAACUCAAAACGAAAGAUAGAGGGCUCAAACAACAGCGAGACGCCCUGUCCCAUGCUUUGACUAUCUCGCAAAAAUACAGGGGUUCAGAUGUUGAGACUGAGGACCAAGAGGGCAAUAGUCUACUGGCGUUAGCAUCAGCAAGAGGAUAUGAAGAGCUUGUGCAGAUGUUGUUAGAGAGAGAGGCUGACCUCGAGUCAUCCAAUGACUAUGGUGCCGGCAUCGAAGCCAAGGACAACAAGGGCGAGACAUCGCUGAGCAUCGCCGUCCAGAAAGGAUGCCAAAAGGCUGCCAAGCUACUGAUAUUGAGAGAAGCCAGUAUCGAAACGACGGAUAGCAAUGGUACUUCUCCCAAGGAACACGCAUUGAAAACCAGCCGAGUGGGAAUGGCUCAGCUGUUCCGCCGUAGUCGUGAUGAGUCGUCGAUGGAGAGCCUCAACUCUGGUCGAAGGCUAUUCUGGAGGAGGCGGGAGCAAUGA